AUGGACAUAUCACUUGAUAAGGUUCACCGUUUCCACAAGGGCUGCGAAGAGUCCGCGGUGGGCAUUCCUUGCCAUCGCAACGUCCUCAGCGUGCACAGCGCCUACUUUGGGGCCGUCUUCACGCAGGACUGGAAAGACUCAUCGCAGCCUGUCUACCAGCUGCAGAACAUUGACAGCUACACGAUGAACGAGUUGGUCCAAUACGCCUAUACCUUGGAUGUUGAGCUGAACGACGACAACGUGGAGCGCAUCGUGGUUGCCGCGCAGUUCCUGCAGAUGGGUCCGCUGGAGUUGCUGUGCUGGGACUACGUGGAGCAGCACAUGUGCGUGUCCAACUUCCUGGCUGUAUAUUCACUAGCCUCCAACCACCCCCAUCCCCGUCUGGCCGCGGCAGCGCUGGAACUCAUCCAUCUCCACUUCCUACAGGUGGCGCAGAGCCAAGAGCUUUUGAAGAUGGACCCGCAGCAGGUCACUGCACUGUUGGCAUCGGCUAACGUGGACGUGUUCAGCGAAGAUCAGGUUUUCGAGGCGGUGCAGCGCUGGUUGGAUCACGACCGUCCGGAGCGCUUGGAAGACGCCGCCGCCAUCCUGCAGGUGAUCCGUGUGGCCUUCCUGAGCGAGCAGUGCCACCAGGAGUACUCGAUAAUCCUCACCAGCGCACUUACGGUUACGCCACCGUGUCCGAGUCAAACGGUCGGCGGGUCGACGCCGAACCCCAACCCACGGCCUUCAUACGGAGCGCUGGACGUGAUUCUGUGUUUGGGCGGUACCGGUGCGGAUCAGUUCGGCAGCGAGGAAGGCAGCGUGGAUGUCUUCUGCCCGUCGAUCCCGGCCGUGUGGCGUCUGCAGGAUCUGCUAAUACUCGUCGAGUGCUGCUCCGCGGCGCUGUUGGACCCCGGCUGCAUCCUGAUCAGCAGCAUGCACUGCGUCGGGACCGUACGGCGCAACAGUCACUACACCGGGUUGCUGGAUGAAUGGCCAGAGACCGCUCCCGUCCCGACGACCACGCGCCAAGCGGGCGCUCUGGCCUGCCUUAAUGGUCGCAUCUACGCGGCCGGCGGUUUUGAUCCGUAUGGCAUAGAAGGAUCUAAAGUGGCCCUGUCCUCCGUGGAGGCGUACGAUCCCCUGAGCGAUUCCUGGAGCGCCGUCGCCGCGCUGCCCGUCGGAUUGAUCGGUUUGGCGAUGGUGGCCCGUGAGGGGCGGUUGUACGUCUUCGGCGGAGACGACACGGAGGGCGUGCCGAAUGCGACGUUCUCCUACGAUCCUGCAACGAAGGCCUGGACAAGGCUGGCUGAUAUGCCCACCGCGCGCACCGGCUGCCGUGCUUGUGUGGCGCCCAAUGGAUUGAUUUAUGUUACCGGCGAUCUGGUGGAGGAGCGUUCGGAUCACGAGUGCGUCUGCGUGGGUGGAAGGCUGUACGUCAUCGGCGGGUUCUUCGUCAACGGCGUGUACCACGACAGCAUCGAGGUGUACGAUGAGGAGACGGACAGUUGGGCACUGCAUGAGUGCCGGCUGCUGCAGGCCAAGUCGCUUUUUGGCUGCGUGGUGAUGAAACUGAAGCGCGAAUGA